GUGUGUGUUGACCACACACCAGUACAGUGUUAGUGUGUGUUGACCACACACCAGUACAGUGUUAGUGUGUGUACUGACCAGACACCAAUACAGUGUGUGUUGACCACACACCAGUACAGUGUUAGUGUGUUUGAGGUUCAGUGAGAUGGGCAAGAGUCGAGCCUCAGUACUAGUGGUGGCGAUGGUAGUGAUCUUAUCCACUGCCCAACCCGCAUUCUACAAAGUCCAGUUCAAGAACAACUUCAUUGGAAGGUACAAGAUGGUGUUUGCUGCCCGGGAAGGCUCUCUGCAGCAGGUAAAGAGGGGUUUGGAUGCAGGAAUUGAUGUAAACUUCCAAGUGAAUGACGGGUGGACAGCUCUCAUGUGGUCAGCGAGGUAUGGUCACAAACGAGUGGUCAAUUUCCUAAUGGAUCGGGGAGCUGACCUUAACCACCAGAACAGACAGGCAGAGACGGCUUUGACGUGGGCAGCGUAUGGUGGCCACUAUGAGGUGUGUAAAAUGUUGCUGGACCACGGUGCCCUGCCUGACCUACACAAUGCACUUGGUUCUACGGGGCUGUCCUUCGCCGCUAGGGAGGGACAUCCUGAAAUUGCUAAAUUGUUCCUUGAGUACAACGCAAGCGUCAACAUGGAGACUUUUAGCGGCGACACACCUCUUACUUGGGCGACUCUCAAAAACCACGAUGACAUCAUUAAGAUUCUACUCGAGUAUGAUGCUGAUGUCACUCACGCAAACCUUAACGGAGAGACAGCACUGACCAUUGCUGCAUCUCAGGGUCAACUCAACAGUACCAGGCUUCUCCUGGAGGCUGGUGCAGACACCAAUGUCGUAGAUGAUGAAAAUCGGACGCCUCUGUACCUGGCAGCUAAGAAUGGUCAUCAUCAGGUGGUGGAGCAGCUGUUACAACACUGUCCUGACCUCUCCAUAACUGACUACUCUGACAACUCAGCUCUAGACAUCGCCAAUAAAAUGCACCAGACAAACACUGCUUCUAUGAUUCAAGAACAAGCGGAGCGUGUGUGCUGGAAGGACGGUGUCAGCUACCCGGUACAAGACACACUCACUCUCCAGUGUCACAAGUGGAACUGUCACUGCUCCGGUAACUGGACUAUCACUCCCCUCCCCAACAGUGUCUGUGGUAACAACACGGCUGCCAGUGUGAGUAGCAGGGGAGCAACGCACAUAACAGCUGUCAUACUGGCUGUGGUGGCCGUAGUUGUUGUUGUUACAGGCUCUUUACUCUAUAAUGUAUACAGACAUAAACGAUCAUUUAUUUAGUGUCUCUUAGCAGCUGUUUUGUAAUCUCACUAAUGUUGGUUUGGUUAGGUUAAGUUAUUAGAUUAUUAUGUAUUUCUUUUAAGGCUGUAAUGAUGGAAUACAAUUACUCUAAAAUUCUUAGAGAUAAAGAUGAUUUUCUUACCAACUCUGGAUCACUGUUUAAUAUGUACACUGUACUAUAUACACUGGUUGAGUUAUUUGGUUUCGUCCAGGUGGAGGGACAGUAAAUGUUGCAGAAUUAUGAUACCAGGCAUGUCAUAUAUCCAUCAUUAUUCCUUCAUUGGUAUUAUUUUUAGUUUUGUACAACCAUACAAUAUGGUAUUUCAAACACAUGCAAUAAAUAUAUCUCAUCAA